AUGGCGAGCUUUUUCGAUCAUCCGUAUUACAAAUGGAAUAAAACGGCCAUGACGAUCAUCGGCACUUGGCCCGGACAGCCUUUCCUUUUGAGACUUCUUAUUCCAAUUUUCAUAUGUUCGAGUAUGCUCUGUCUAAUUGUACCUGAGAUCGUCUAUCUGAAGAUCACAUGGCUCGAUAUCGAUGCUUUACUGGACUGGGUGCCACCGAUCUCCAUUCUGACACUGACGAUGACACAAUUGUUGAAUGGCUCUUUCCAUCCCGAGAAGAUCAGUGCGAUCCUCGAGCACAUAUCUUCGGAUUGGAAGGAUUUUAGGGAUGCACGAGAUGUAGAAGUGCUUGAGAAAUAUGCUGCCCAUGGAUUCUGGAUCACAAAAACAUAUUAUCGCGCGAUGACCGUCAUGGUGUCCUGCUAUGCUAUCAUGCCCUUUUUGAUGCCGGUUGCUCUACAAUACUUUGUACCUUCGAAUAAUGGCUCGAGCGGAAAAAUUUACCUUUUCAACGCCUACUACGGUGUCGAUUCUGAUGAUUAUUACUAUUUCAUAUUGGCCCACAUGAUCCUGGAGACUGCAGUGUCGAGUGUGGUGAUGGUUGCGAACGAUGCAUUGUACUUCGUAUUCAUAGAGCAUUCCUGUGCUCUCUUCAAAAUCGUCGAAGUGAAUCUGGAAAGAAUCUGCAGUCUUCGUGGUCACACGAAGGACCCCGAAGAAGACGAAAGUUUCAAUGUAACGUGCUACUGCAUCAAUCUUCACCAAAAAGCGAUUUUUUUCACUGUUCUCAUCGACUCUGCUUAUAACGGCCCUUUGCUAGUAAUAAUAGGAACUUCUCUGCUGUCGCUGAGCGUUGCUGAACUGCAGAUGCUGAUGCACCUCGACAAACCUGGAGAACUGAUCAGAUUUGGACUAUUCGCAAUAUCUCAGAUCUUGCGUCUGUAUUUGCUCAGUAUAUCUGGCCAAAAGAUAAUGGAUUACAGUUCAUCGAUUUUUCAUUAUGUGUACUCGGUAAACUGGCACGAUUUGUCACCAAGAGUUCAAAAGUUAUUCGUCGUGAUGAUGAUCAGAAGUCUGAGACCUUGUUACGUCAGUGCUGGAAAAAUGUACACCAUCACAAUGGAAAAUUACAGUGCAAUACUGCGGACGUCCAUGUCCUUCUUCACCGUUCUGUCGUCUCUACGUUAA